AUGGCUGCGUCCGACGAGACGCCGAUGGUGCAAGACCUGGCUUCGGCCGGCGUCGAGGAGCCGCCGAGCCGGUACUUAGUGCACGAGCAAGACCGUCAUGGCGACCUGCUGGCUGCCGACGAAAUGCCGGAGCCCAUCCCUCUCAUUGACCUUAGCCGGCUCAUGGACGCCGACGAGGCUGACAAGCUCCGGGCGGCUCUACAGACCUGGGGCUUCUUCCUGGCCACCAAUCAUGGGAUCGAGGAUUCUCUCAUGGAUGCAAUGAUCAGCGCGUCAAGGGAGUUUUUCCGUCAACCGUCCGAAGAGAAGCAGAAAUGCAACAACCUGGUGGACGGCAACGGCAAGCACUACCAGGUGGAAGGGUAUGGCAGUGACAAAGUGGUUUCCGAGGAUCAUGGCCUGAACUGGAACGACCGGUUGCAUCUGAGAGUGGAGCCAGAAGAUGAGAGGAAUUUCGCUAAGUGGCCCAGUCACCCGGAAUCUUUCAGGGAUGUGCUAAAUGAGUACGCAUCGAAAUCCAAGAAACUAAGAGACAUUGUCUUGCGAUCAAUAGCCAAGCUCUUGGAGAUUGAUAAGGAUUACUUCGUCAACCAGAUAUCAAACAAGGCUUCUGGUUUUGCCAGACUCUACUACUACCCUCCAUGUCCGAGGCCUGACCUAGUUUUGGGCCUCAGGCCUCACUCUGAUGGAAAUCUCCUUACUAUCCUUUUUGUCGACGACGAUGUUGGUGGCUUGCAAGUUCAGAGAGAUGGGAAAUGGUACAAUGUUCCAGCCAAGCCUCACACACUGGUGAUCAACUUGGGAGACUGCCUGGAGAUAAUGAACAACGGAAUCUUUAGGAGCCCGGUUCACAGAGUGGUGACAAACACCGAGAAGGAGAGGCUUUCGCUGGCCGUGUUCUAUGUCGUGGAUGAAGAAACAGUGCUGGAGCCAGCACCCGGUUUGCUGGAUGACAAGCGACCGCCAAGAUAUAGGAAAAUGAUGACCAAGCAUUUCGUGGCUGGGCUCUAUGAACAUUUUCGUCAAGGGAAGAGAUUCAUCGACACCCUGAAGAUAUAG